CUUCAAGAAGAACACUCGUGUUGGAAGCAAAGAUUAUUUUCGAGCCCUUCUUAGAACUGGUUUCAAUUUGAACAUGCUGCUCGUAUCGCUCACACUGCUAGCUUUUGGCCUGGUCCAAACGCUGCCCAUCGACGAGGCUGAAACGCCGGCAACCAGCGAUGUGCCCGAUUCAGGGCGAGUGGUCUUCGAUCAGCGGCAGACGGGCAGAUUCAACAUCCAUGUGAGCAUCAAGGAUGUGGCCAUUAUCGAGGUGGGCCAGAAUGGACUGGCUGAGGAGACAUAUAACGAUGAGGAGGAUUACUACUACGAUGACAGUGCGUUGACCGUCAAGCCGAUCAAGUUAACCACAGAGGCCAGCACCACAACGAGCACCACAACGAGCACCACAUCGGUGGCAGCACCGCCAGAGAGCACAGCCACCACAGUUUCCCCAGUGGCAAGUUCCACUGCAUCUCCAUCUGCAGUCAUAUCCACCGCCGGCGAUGCAAAUCUAAAUACCAGCUUUAGCUCCAAUCUUUUGGCUGACAUCGCGGCCAGUUUAUCGAAGCCCAGAUCCAGGCUUAACAAUCUGAUGAUCGUGGAGACGCCGAUCGGUGGCACAGCCAAGCCACUGCAUCAUCCUCAUCUCCAUGCCAGAUCCAAGGAUGUACCCAUUAUGGCUGCAGCUGCCACCGCCACUGCUGCAAUUACCCCGCCCACUUUGCCCGAAAGCAUUGAGUACACGCCGCCCAAAGGACACAACUCGCCCAUUUUCAAGGUGAAGGUUCAACGAUCUUCGAUGCCGGCAACGAAGAAACCCACCCGCUGCCGAAAUCAUCAGGUGCGCGAUGCCCAGGGCAAGUGCUCCGACUCGAUCUACAGAAAGCUGUACAGCAUGCUGAUGGGGAUGAAUUUCCCUUUUUUGGCAGCGGCUAAUGGAGCAGAAAGUGCUUGAUGACUUGACCAUAUAAAUAACGAUAUAGUUUACACAGAAAUGGAGUUUAAGUGCCUCUAAUUGGAUCUUAGCCAUAAGCGUGAAAUAAAUUGACUGAAAACAAA